CCUCCAGGAAUUCCUCCAGGAAUUCCUCCAGGAAUUCCUCCAGGAAUUCCUCCAGGAAUUCCUCCAGGAAUUCCUCCAGGAAUUUCUCCAGGAAUUCCUCCAGGGAUUCCUCCAGGAAUUCCUCCAGGGAUUCCUCCAGGAAUUCCUCCAGGGAUUCCUCCAGGAAUUCCUCCAGGAAUUCCUCCAGGGAUUCCUCCAGGAAUUCCUCCAGGGAUUCCUCCAGGAAUUCCUCCAGGGAUUCCUCCAGGAAUUCCUCCAGGGAUUCCUCCAGGAAUUCCUCCAGGGAUUCCUCCAGGAAUUCCUCCAGGGAUUCCUCCAGGGAUUCCUCCAGGAAUUCCUCCAGGGAUUCUUCCAGGAAUUCCUCCAGGGAUUCCUCCAGGAAUUCCUCCAGGGAUUCCUCCAGGAAUUCCUCCAGGGAUUCCUCCAGGAAUUCCUCCAGGGAUUCCUCCAGGAAUUCCUCCAGGGAUUCCUCCAGGAAUUCCUCCAGGGAUUCCUCCAGGAAUUCCUCCAGGGAUUCCUCCAGGAAUUCCUCCAGGGAUUCCUCCAGGAAUUCCUCCAGGGAUUCCUCCAGGAAUUCCUCCAGGGAUUCCUCCAGGAAUUCCUCCAGGGAUUCCUCCAGGAAUUCCUCCAAGAAUUCCUCCAGGAAUUCCUCCAAGAAUUCCUCCAGGAAUUCCUCCAAGAAUUCCUCCAGGAAUUCCUCCAAGAAUUCCUCCAGGAAUUCCUCCAAGAAUUCCUCCAGGAAUUCCUCCAGGGAUUCCUCCAGGAAUUUCUCCAGGGAUUCCUCCAGGAAUUCCUCCAGGGAUUCCUCCAGGAAUUCCUCCAGGGAUUCCUCCAGGAAUUCCUCCAGGGAUUCCUCCAGGAAUUCCUCCAGGAAUACCUCCAGGAAUUCCUCCAGGAAUUCCUCCAGGAAUUCCUCCAGGAAUUCCUCCAGGAAUUCCUCCAGGAAUUCCUCCAGGAAUUCCUCCAGGAAUUCCUCCAGGAAUUCCUCCAGGAAUUCCUCCAGGAAUUCCUCCAGGAAUUCCUCCAGGAAUUUCUCCAGGAAUUCCUCCAGGGAUUCCUCCAGGAAUUCCUCCAGGGAUUCCUCCAGGAAUUCCUCCAGGGAUUCCUCCAGGAAUUCCUCCAGGGAUUCCUCCAGGAAUUCCUCCAGGGAUUCCUCCAGGAAUUCCUCCAGGAAUUCCUCCAGGGAUUCCUCCAGGAAUUCCUCCAGGGAUUCCUCCAGGAAUUCCUCCAGGGAUUCCUCCAGGAAUUCCUCCAGGGAUUCCUCCAGGAAUUCCUCCAGGGAUUCCUCCAGGAAUUCCUCCAGGGAUUCCUCCAGGGAUUCCUCCAGGAAUUCCUCCAGGGAUUCUUCCAGGAAUUCCUCCAGGGAUUCCUCCAGGAAUUCCUCCAGGGAUUCCUCCAGGAAUUCCUCCAGGGAUUCCUCCAGGAAUUCCUCCAGGGAUUCCUCCAGGAAUUCCUCCAGGGAUUCCUCCAGGAAUUCCUCCAGGGAUUCCUCCAGGAAUUCCUCCAGGGAUUCCUCCAGGAAUUCCUCCAGGGAUUCCUCCAGGAAUUCCUCCAGGGAUUCCUCCAGGAAUUCCUCCAGGGAUUCCUCCAGGAAUUCCUCCAGGGAUUCCUCCAGGAAUUCCUCCAGGGAUUCCUCCAGGAAUUCCUCCAGGGAUUCCUCCAGGAAUUCCUCCAGGGAUUCCUCCAGGAAUUCCUCCAAGAAUUCCUCCAGGAAUUCCUCCAAGAAUUCCUCCAGGAAUUCCUCCAAGAAUUCCUCCAGGAAUUCCUCCAAGAAUUCCUCCAGGAAUUCCUCCAAGAAUUCCUCCAGGAAUUCCUCCAGGGAUUCCUCCAGGAAUUUCUCCAGGGAUUCCUCCAGGAAUU